AUGGCCUUCUUCCGCAUCACGCUGCUGCGCUCCGCCAUUGGAUUGCCGGAAAAGUCAUCGCGCGUGCUCGCCGCGCUCGGUCUACGCAAGCGACUGGCCACCGUCUAUCAACCCGUGACGCCUUCCACCGCCGGACAAGUCUUUGCCGUGAAGGAACUAGUCGAUGUCGAGGAGGUCGACAUGGCAUUGAGCAAGCAGCAGAUAAAGGAGCUGAGAAGACCCGAACGCGGAUUCUAUGUUGAGAGUCGCGCGAAGGAUGCGAGGCAGAUGCUAUGA